AUGGCCGACAAGGUUAAGGAACUCGUUAACAACAUCACCAAGGGCGAUAACUCCGACAAGGAGAAGCAAUUUAGCACCCAGCCCAUCGAGGAGGGCAAGAACAUUGACCCCAAGUUCGCAGCCCAUCAGGCGCACCCCGGCCCUGCGGUUCCCAAGGAUUUCAACGCCCAGGAAGAGGGCACCAAGGAGGAGCGUCGGGCCAAGGCGGAGGCUCUGAACAAGUAA